AUGGUUUCCGAGGAGGUCUUUGAAUCAUGCUUGCCCAUACUCAAUGACGCCGAAGUCGACGAGGAAGAAAAGGUUGAGAAGUUGGAGGCAUUCCUACGCGACAAAGCCGCUCUGACCGGGACAGUCUUGGAGAACGCUGUGUUGGACAUUCUCUGGCGCCAUCGCAACUCGCUGAAGGGCGGAGCAUCCCCUCCCCCACUUCGCCAUACGGUCAUCCGCCGCUCCUCGCCUGCGCCGUGGCAGAUAACCCGCUCGUCCACUCCGCUUUCGUCCCCGUCCAACAGUCCCGCCGUUCCUUCGGGAUUCCCGGUUCCACGCGGUGGCUUUCCUCGUGCUCCUAGAUCCUUGACUGCCUCCCCGUUCACGUCGCCACGUCCGUCACCCCGCCUGGCCUUCGCGCAGCCAAUCCCCCACAGUCCUAACCUCAACGCUUACGAGUUUGCCGAGCGGACUCCAAUACCGGAAUAUGGCGAUCUUGGGAGUGAUAAUGUUGAUUGGCUGGUCAAUGACGACGCGAAGAGCACUGCGUCGUCAACCGGCUUAAGCGGCGCCGCCCCAGAAUGGGUUGCGCCGGCUGAUAUGAGCCCAUACGACAUUCUAAGAUCAGUUUUGGGAGAUAGACGAUCCAAUGACGAAAUUGAGGCCGCCCUUGCGGCUAAUGGGUAUGAUCUUGGUGCGACAAUCGCAGCCUUGACUGAACAAGAAACCAUGAACAAUAGUGCCACUUCCAACAAUGAAGGCCAAAGCCGGAGUCCCGUUGUCUGCAAAUAUUGGCUGUCUACCGGCCAGUGCCUUCGAGCAGACUGUCGAUUCAGCCAUGAUUUGACCAAUCAUAUUUGCAAGUACUGGCUCAUGGGCAAUUGUCUUGCGGGUGAUGUCUGCCCUUUUUCACACGAUCCAUCCACACUGGUUGGGUCCCUCAGCGUUGGAAAUGACGCCGGCGCCACGUUUGGUAGCCCGUCAACUCAUCAACAGCAAGUUUCCUAUGGUCAAGAUAACUAUGAUGCCUUUCCAGCCUUACAACCUGCCAUGGGCGACCAAUGGGCCAGUUACUACCCCCAAAAGCACGCUGCUCAAUAUAUGUACGCCGGGAACCAGUCUCAUCGCGGACAUUCGCCCUCGAAUGUUAGAAAUAGGACUGCUCUCUUGAACCAAUCGACCCGUCCACAUUCUCGACCCACGAGCCGGCACCAACAGCGCGACUCUAGCGGCUCUGCUCUAUCCGUAGACGACCCCGAGGCAUUUCCAACCCUUUCAUCACUCAACCCUAAAUCAGGGAAAAAGCAUCAUGGGAAACGAGGUGGACAUAACCAGAAUCGUGACAGUGGCGGCAACAAGGAAGGUUCAUCCGGUUCGCUGGCUGACGUGGUUCGAAUGUCUCCAUCCCAACGGAAGGGCGCUUCUAAAGGAGCCCGGCCUGUGAACAACGGCCGCGAGAACAGCGCAGCUUCUCAAUCCAUUCCCACCCCGAAGCAUUUGCCAUGGCUUGAAACGGGCCCUAGUGCGAACCAGCAGUAUCUUAAAUUUCGCCUAGACGCGAUUACGCACGGCAACGUCAGGAACAAGUUUCUCCAGAGUGCCGCGCAAGCUUGGAAUCGCAAUGAUGCGCGUGCCGCAAAGGCCCUGUCACUUCGUGGCCAAGCUGAGAACGAAGCGAUGCGGCGGUGUUAUCGCGAAGCUGCACGCCACCUUUACGAGGGCGCUGACACAAACUCAAAAACUGACGCUGAACAGGAGAUAUACGUUGACCUACACGGGCUUCAUCCUGGGGAGGCGAUUGAAUAUCUUGAAAAUACUCUGAAAGAGAACGCAAAACUAGGCCGCAAGCUUCUGUACGCUAUCACUGGCACCGGGCACCACAGCAGGAAUGGCAAAGACAAAAUUGGCAAGGCGGUCAAGAAUUGGCUAAACGAAUGGCGAUAUGUGUACUGCGAAUUCAAUGUGCCAAGUGAGCGCGGCGGAUAUGUGGGCGGUGUGCUUGGUAUUGAUCCUACAAGCAGCGAGAAGAGUGGGCAAGUUUCAAGCUCCAAUGGAGAAGUGCCCUCGGAAGACAGCAAGAAAGAUACUCAGGGGGAUGAAAAUGUGAGCAAAGCUGGGGGCUCAAUGCCAGUUCUUACCCUAGGCAAGGUUAAGAAUGACAAUGAAACUUCCCAAUUACCGACUAUCAGACAACGUUUGUCUCAGCUCCGGGGGAUUUUUGGGCGGCUCGAAAACCGACGACUGCUCUACAUGCCCCAGCGCUCGUUGAAAUCCGCUAUGGAACUCGAUUUGAUCGAUCUUUAA